UCGUCACUCCACAGAGAGACCCGAGCGGAGCCACACCUCACAGAGGUACACGUACAGUCAGUGGUGCUCAGCUGCCGGGCGUUCGGGACCUCUGGAACACAGCCCAGGGCUGGAAAACAAGGAGAAGGGAGGGGCCCCGCAGCAGCGCGUUCCUUUCGACUCAGACAGCGCGCUGUUUCUCCAUCUUCUCUCUCCUCAGACUCCUGUGACAUUGGAGCGCUCCGAGGGCGCACACCACCCAUCCGUCCCCAGGAAGAAGAAGAAGUGACCGAGGAGCGCACGCACGCACGCACGCACGCACGGGAGGAGAGAAUCAUGACACCGCAGCAUCGGGUCGCGCAUCACGCAGAGCUGUCAUUCCAAGGACGCUUAUAGGUGACACUUAUGUCGUACUUAGGGCGCAAGUUUGCUUCUCGAAGGAGACAUGUCUGAGGUUUGCGCGCGGGCAGGACGGCAGGUCCCUCGGAGCGGCUGAAGACGGAGCGCGUCCGGAUGGUCGGCGACUGAGCCCUUGGCUUCCAUUCGCUCUCACUCAUCAUCUCAUCUGUAUUGCUCGUUUUACAUUUUUAUUGGCACUUCUGCGACCGGAUCAUGGCAAAGAAAUAGCGUUCCCACAACUUCUUUGCACAGAUCUGGCCGGAGGGAGUUUCAGGUUAUAAAAAAGACCUGCGCUGCUCGUCACUGGACGGACACGGGCUGUGUGUGCGUGUACGCGCAUCGAGUCGAGGUGUUGUUCCAUUAACUGGUGCGUGUGAGAGGAGUGUCGCUGGGACGAGAUGUGGACCGCACGGACCCUCGAGACACCCCUCUGACUCCUCAGCGCAUCUUCAUCUGAACAUUAUACACACCCGGAAGAAGGACGUUUUUUUUUUUUUCUAUUUUUUUUUUUUUCUCGCCAUGUGUGUUUGCGGUCAGACUCGGAGCGCUCGCGCUUUCUCGGAUAACAAUUACGACCUGGGACUUCGGGAGGGUUCGGAACCCGUGAAACGCUAAAGCUUUUCGAGAACACGGAUUCAUCAUCAUCGCCAGUAUUACAAACAGAAAAACAAACCGCGAGCCAGUUUCAUCACGAGAAUCCGGACGGAAAAUUUUAAAUGAUCGCGAGCCUCCGCUUAAUUAACGACACUUAAAGGGUAUGAUCAUCAUCUCCAACUGCACCGAGCUCCAGAUUAGGACUCGCACAGUGUAAAAUUGGAAUAUCCGAAUUUAUGACCAUCCGAACGCGACUCGCGACAUAGGAACAUCCUCCAACAUGUUUAAACGAGGUUGUGGACUGGAGGUCCUCUUGGUUCUGUGGGGUUUGAAACUGUCCUGGUCGUGUCCACACCACUGUAUCUGCUACACGGCGCCCAGUACCGUCAGCUGCCAGGCGCACAACUUCCUGUCCGUGCCCGAAGGCAUCCCGGCAGACAGCGAACGUAUCUUUCUGCAGAACAACCGGAUCCAGCAGCUCCUCCGUGGUCACUUCAGCCCGACCACUGUCACUCUUUGGAUCUACUCCAACAACAUCAGCUACAUUGAGCCCUCCACUUUCCUGGGCUUUACCCUGCUGGAAGAACUGGACCUGGGGGAUAACAGGCACUUGCGGACCCUGGCAGCAGACACUUUCCUUGGGUUGAGCAGGCUUCACGCGCUGCACCUGUACCGUUGUGGCCUGAGUGCUCUGCCGAGUGGCAUCUUCCAGGGUCUACGAAACCUACAGUACCUCUACCUACAGGACAACCACCUGGAGUUCCUGCAGGACGACCUGUUCGUGGACCUCCACAACCUGAGCCACCUGUUCUUGCACGGGAAUCGGCUGUGGAGUCUGCACCAGAACACCUUCCGGGGGUUGGGUGCUCUGGACCGCUUGCUGCUGCACCACAACCGGCUGCAGUGGGUAGACCGACUGGCAUUCCAUGACUUACGGCGCCUCACUACACUCUACCUGUUCAACAACUCACUGACGCAGCUGCCGGCAGAGUGCUUGGCACAGCUGCCCGCGCUGGAGUACCUGCGCCUCAAUGACAACCCAUGGGACUGCGGCUGUCGGGCACUGCCGCUGUGGGACUGGCUGCAGCGAUUCCGCGGUUCUACCUCCGAGGUGGGCUGCCGCGAGCCACCCGAGCUGGCUAACCGGAACCUCAAACUGCUGCCCCGGGAUGAGCUGCCUAGCUGCUCGGGCUCUGAGCUGCUACACCAGAGUAAAUCAGGCCCCCGAGCAGGUAACGAUAAGGUGUCCUUGAAGAAGGAACACCCCCGCUCCCACAAGGAGCACCCACGCCUCCACCACCCCCUCACACCACCUUCACCCUUGCCCCAUCCCCCACCACCCCCCUUCAGCGGUUCAGCCGCAGGGACUGGGGCGCCAACAGGGGGCACCUCCGCGCAGCGGCCACGAAACUGCACGCGCCUGCGCAGCCGGGGGGGCAAGGGAAAGGGGCAGAAUGAGGUGCACACCCUGAAGGAGAUGACUGACAAGGAGUAUUCAGUCCCUGAAUCUGCCUCUGGGGCCAGCAAGUAUGACCACGGUAGCCCCAAUAGUGCCCCCCCUCGGAGGAAGCACAAGUGCACUCCUCGGACCUCGGUGCGCCCCCCCAGUGGGGUCCAGCAAGCUAAUAGCUGGGCACCAUCCUACCAAUCCCAUCAGUCCUUGCUACUGCUGUACAGUGUCUUGGGAGUUCUUGGAUCCCUGACCUCAGUCAUACUGCGCUGAACCAACAGGACACAUCAGACAACUAAGAAUUCAGUCUUCAUACCCACUCUAGCUCCAGCACUCAAUGGCCUGUGUGUAUGUGUGUGUGUGCGCGCGUGUGUGUGUGCAUGUGUGUAUGGGAAAGAGUGACUGAUAGUGAGUUAGUAUGGCUUUUGUGUGAGGAGCGUUUUUAUUUUAAGACCGGAGUCGCCAAAAGCAACAAUGACCGGCCGGUGUGAAGGAUUCAGACCAGCCUUCAGGGUGAAACACUUCGAGUCUUGUCGAAAGGAAAUAGAAAGGAGCACAGGACAACGCUGAACCGGCUUUCACUGCCAGUCAUGUCUUUACAUUGUUAUUCUGAUCCCUUUGCUGUCCUCAUUAGCUAGCUUGUUGUCCAUAGCUUAGAUGGAAGCAGUAAGGACCAAACUAUGAAGAAGCUCAGGAUAGGAGCAGCAAUUUUGGCUCAACUUCUCUGUGAAGGAACAAAGUGGGUUUAAACAAAUUUAAAAAAAAAAAAAAGCGAAAGUAAUUUCUCCUGCUCUUACAAGUCUCUUCAGUCUCUGUUAAUAUGCAGCGAAAGCUGUUAAAGGCCCAAAGUCUUCACAUGGGAGGAUAAUUUUUUUGUUUGGCCAGUUAUGGAGCGUAGCUCAUCAGAAAGAUAAGCGGCCAUACGUAAGUAAAAGAAUGACCGCUAUUCCAGAUGUUGGCGUGUGCUCUGGAGCACUCUUCUUUAAACGGUAUCAGGGCUGUCUGGGGAUCCGUAGCGCUGAACAGAACUUUCCCCGAAGUACUGGGCGUUACGGUUAGCUCUACGUAUAUGUACUCUAAUGCCACUCCACCAGAUGAUUGCCAGCAUAAAAAUCCUUUACAUACCACGGAUUCUUCAUGUGCGCUUUUCUUUUCUUGGUAUACUUUAGGCAUUUUACAUAAUGGUACUUUGGGAUUUCUUCUCAUAUGCUUUUUCAUAUGCACGCCUUUGUCCAUGUGUUGAUGCACAAUAAAGAGCCAAUUAAUGUCAAGCUGCCAGAAUCUGCGCUGAAGCGGAUGGGAGCUGGCUUCAAUCUCAUCUGUUGCCAGAGUCUGCCUGUCCCCAGGAGAGUAAGCUGCGGCACUGAAGAAUCUGUCAAAGCAGAUCUCGUCUUUCCUGUUUGUUGGUUUGCUUGUUUGCUCCUGACAAGACACUAAUGGCCUUGGUGCGGAGAAGGAAGCUCAGAGUGGGGCAGAGGGGGAAGGGGUGAAAGGCCAAAGAAGGAAGAUCUUUGACCUAUAGACCCCUUAAUUCAACCCAUCUUUCCACAGAGACGUUUCACUACACACAGAGUAAAAAGAAAACAUGUCAUUUUCAAAAAUUUAUAUAUAUAUAAACAAUUAUCAGAAAACUUCCCAUUCCAUAAAGGAACUUAGAUGGGUAGUAGUAUUAAAAAAUGGAAAAAAGAACAUUUAAAAUACAUAUAUAUCAAAAGAAGUGACUCUUUGCUGUAAACGUAAGAUUAAUGUCCAGGGGAAUCAAUAACCAAGCACAGGAAAAGGAGUACGGAACUGUGUAAAACACUCCAGGGGUUUCAUGCUGGUGGGCAGCCAAGAAUGAAACAAUCAUUAAUAGCAAAGAAAGGUGCUGCUGAACGAAGGACUGAUAGAACACAAUGCCACCCCCUAUGGACUGGUGGGGCUUUGACGCCUCCAAACUAGAAAAAUCCCGAGACUGUGUUUGUACUAAUGUGAACUGUACCGUUAUCAGUAAUAAGAAAAAUUACAGUGCUGAUAAUAACCAUUAUAAACAUGUCCAUUAAUUACAUUUCCAGCUGUUACAGGGUUUCCGCUUCCUGAAAAGGGGAAGUAUAUUUGGUUAAAUUUUUUUUUUUUUUUUUUGUUUUGUUUUCGUAACGUCUUCUCAGCACCAUGUUGAAAUAAUGCACAGUUCUGUUUCUCUUCC